GACAGUCUCAAAUCUUGUCCUCCUCAGCCCUUUCCAGUUCAUGUCCAGUCCAUCAACUUCUUGUGUGUCGCUUGGUCCAUGCUCAUAAUUCCAAGGUUGCAGAAAGUCCCUUGCCAUGGCUUCAGCUGCUUUACUGCUACUGGCCCUCUCCUCCUCCAUCUCCCUCACAGCGGCGGUCUUAUUUGGUGAGCCUAGAAUUUAUGGAGAGGACGCUACUGGAUACGGCCCCAUCUUUGAGGAGGAGCCUGUGGAUGUGGUCUACACUGAGGACUCACCCGAUGGGAGAAUCUCCAUGAACUGCAGGGCACGCGCAAACCCACCAGCAUCAUACAGAUGGCGCCGUGAUAACUGGGAAAUCAAGCUGAUGGAGCAGCCGGACGAGCACUACAGCCUGGUGGGGGGGAACCUCGUCAUCACCAACCCAAGACAGAAAAAACACAGCGGGACUUACGUGUGCGUUGCCAAGAACAUCUACGGCACUGUCAUCAGCAAAGAGGCCAGGGUCAAGUUUGGAUUUGUGGAGGAGUUUCCUCAAGAGGAAAGAGACCCUGUUUCUGUGAAAGAAGGACAAGGGGCUGUUCUACUAUGUGUCCCUCCAAAAGCCUGGCCACAGGAGGUGACCUACCGCUGGAUCUUCAAUGAGUUCCCAGUGUUCCUGCCCACAGAUCGUCGUCGGUUUGUCUCCCAGAGGACCGGGAAUCUGUACAUCUCCAAAGUGGAGGCUCAGGAUGCAGGAAACUACUCCUGCUUUGUUUCCAGUCCAAUUACUGGGAAGAGCGUCUUCUCAAAGUUCAUCCCACUUAUCCCCUUAUCUCCGGAGGAUGGAGAGGAGAGAAAGUACCCAGCAGACAUCAGGGUGAAAUUUCCAGAUACUACUGCCAUGCUGGCCUCUAAUAUCACAUUGGAGUGCUUUGCUUUGGGAAACCCAAUCCCUUACAUUGUUUGGAGGAAAGUGGACCACACCGACCUCCCUCCAAAUCACGAGAUCAGCCAGUCAGGAGCCGUGCUUCAUCUAUACAAUGUUCAGUAUGAAGACGUGGGCGGAUACGAGUGUGAGGCCAUCAACACUAAAGGAAAGGACUGGCACAAGGCCUGGCUGUAUGUGGAGUCUGCUCCAGAAUGGGCGGAAACAAUCAACAACACUCAGAUCGACAUCGGCUCGGAGCACACCAUGCGCUGCGUGGCAUCAGGGAAGCCAUUCCCUUUUAUCCGCUGGUACAAAGAUGGAUAUAUGUAUGGGAAAGGGGAACUGAAAUUUUCCAGUCUAACUUUCGACGACUCAGGAAUGUACCAGUGUGUCGCUGAGAACUACUGGGGCAUCAAAUAUGCCAACGCUGAGCUGCGGGUCAUUGCCUGUCCCCCUACAUUCGAAUUCAACCCGGUGAAGAAGCAGCUUCUUGGAGCUAAAGAUGGCCGUGUGGUGAUCGAGUGUAAACCCCGAGCUGCUCCCAGACCGCGAUACACCUGGACGAAGGGCAAAGAGCUCCUCUUUAACAAUUCACGUAUUUCCAUCAUGUUUGAUGGAAAUCUGGAGAUCCUCAAUGCAACUAAUAAUGAUGAAGGCGUGUACACCUGUUUUGCUGAGAAUGACAGAGGGAAGGCAAACAGUUCAGGCUAUCUCACCAUCACAGAGGCCACUAGUCUCACAGAACCCCCUGAGGACACUGAAGUACAGGUUGGUGAUGAGGUCAUUAUAAAUUGUGCUGCUUCGUACGACCCCAUGCUGGACAUCACUUUCAUCUGGUCCAUCGACUUCAGAGUCAUCGACUUCAACGCUGAGUGGCAACACUAUGAACGUGUCAUGGAUGAAGAUGGGAGGGGUGACCUGAGAAUAAAAAAUGUGCAGAUUUGGCAUGAAGGUCGAUACACCUGCACGGCUCAGACAGUGGUGGACAGUGACACAGCGUACGCUGAUCUCAAGGUUGUAGGUGUUCCUGGGCCUCCUGGAAUUAUCCGUGUGGACGAGAUUGGAGACACAUGGGUGAAGCUGUUAUGGACCAAAGGAGCAGAUCACAACAGCCCCAUUCUCUCCUACACCAUCCAGACCAGACACUUCUGGGCCCUGAAUGAGGACGACUGGAAGGACGCCAGCACCUCUCCUACCUUCCUUGACGGUAAUACUGAGAAGGCAGAAGUGACUGACCUGUACCCCUGGAUGGAAUAUCAAUUCAGGAUCAUCGCCACCAAUGAGUACGGCUCGGGUGAGGCUAGUAUCCCCUCCCUCAAGAUCAAAACCUGGGAUGCUGCUCCAGUGGUUUCUCCCACUGAUGUAGCCGGCUUUGGAGGUAGAAAUGGCGAAAUUGUCAUCACAUGGACUCCUGUAGAGCCGUGGUUUUUCUCCGGCAAAAAGUUUGGCUACAUUGUGGCAUUCAAGCCUCAUGAUGCUUACGACUGGUGGUACGAGACCAUUUCAGACCCCGAGUCGAGGCGUCAUGUCCACAGAGACUCCUACUUCAUCCCAACCGAAGAGGAUUUCCAGGUGCGAGAGUUUCAGGUGAAGAUCAAGUCGUUUAAUGUGAAAGGAGACGGACCGUACAGCCUCACCAAGGUCAUCUACUACCCAAGAGAUGUACCCACAGAGUCUCCCACAGACGUAUAUGCCAGACCGGUGUCCUCUACUGAAGCUCUGGUCUGGUGGUUGCCAGUGGUCGACACUGGUACAGGUCUGCAACAGUACAUUGAGGGAUACCAGGUCAAAUACUGGAGAAAGUACGACGAUCCAGAGCCAGGAGCACACCGCAUAUUUGUCCCAGCUGCAGUCAAUCAGACGAGGCUGGAGAACAUGCUGCCAGACUCUCACUACCUCAUCGAGGUCCGUGCCUUUAACGGAGCUGGCCUCGGACCGCCAGGGGAACACUGUGAGAUGUUCACAAAGAGACCACCACCACCAGACCCUCCCAGGAUGUGGAAAUAUGUUACCUGGACAGGACAAUGGAUGUAUGUGUGGUGGGAUCAUAUCUCCUAUGACUGGUUUGGCAAUAUCUCCUUCCCAUUGUAUUACAAGGUCCUGUUCAGAAAGACCGGCUACAUCUACGGGAAGGUUUACAUCACUGGCUGGCACUUCAUGGACUUCCCCAUGCCUCAGUUUGGAGAUUAUGAGCUGAUGGUACGCGGCCGUUAUGAAGGAGGAGACGGCCCAGUCAGGAAAAUUAGGAUUAUGGGUAAAGCAUCUAUGACCACGCCCACACUGAGCCUGGUAUCUUUGUUGCUACUGGCGCUUUGCAUUGUGGGAUUGGAAAUUUGAGCCUGCUGCAAGUUACAUGUAUAUAUAAAAGACUCUGGGAACUAGAUAUGUGGACCUGAAAGGAAAUCCAUUCUCCACCCUUAAACACUCCUCACGCUGAAAGCAAUGGGUAUAGAUCAUAUAUUACAUGUUUUAUUGAAAUGCCACACAGAAAGCUGUUUCUCACUAGAAAUGUAUCAGGUGUUCGCCCCUGUCAAUUUGUAUGGAUUUACUUCCCAACAAACAAGCCAACAGUACAGCAGAUCUGCAGGAUGCAUGGAGUAAAAUGUGGGACUACUGCAUCUAGGCAUAUUUUUCUAGAAAGUUUUUUGAAUUAACCUAAAAAGAAGAUCCUAAAAAUCUCAUUCUCUUUCAUUAAAGCUAACAAAGAAAGAUUUUUGUUUUUCCUUCAUAUGAUAGGGUACUGACUUCUACAAAUAAGCUAGCCAUACACUGUCCAGAUGGUAAUGAAGCUUUAAGGAAAGGCCUUUUGAAGUUGAUGUCUAUCAUCACUAUUGCAAUAUGUCCAAUUUAAAUGUCCCUUAAACUCCUUGAAUUUCUCAGAUGGUCAAGCUGCAAAUGAAUAACAAACAUUGCAUUUGUUCUAUAAUGAGCAGUAAAGGAUGAGUGAACAUUGAAUGCCACUUUUCAAAUCUUCACAGGAUUUCACAUUCUUAGCAGCCUAGUCUCUACUAUCAUAAAGACACUGUCAUUUAGCUCAAUACUAUCCACUUAUUGUUAUACUUCUUUUUUUCAAAUGCAUUUCCCUGAUUUCCCAUGGUGCUGUCUGACAGGAACAGAAGAUGCUCGCUGAGUUUUAAUUUAAUUUUUUGUGUGUAGAGCAACUGAAACAUGAUUUCUAGCUGCACCAAUGAAGCCCAACUCACUUAAUGACAAAUUGUGAUUUUUGCAAGUGACCAUUCAUGAUUUGAAAGAACCAUUAAAACAGGGUUUAAGAAAUUGCUGUAUAUCACAUAUUUAUGCGGAUUUCCUUUAUGAAAAACCAUUAAACAGAGUACAACAAUCUA